AUGUUCAUUCGAUACACGGUGAAGGACAUCUCUCCAUCUCAAGCUUUGGCUCUGGUAGCCGCACUAGCCUUGAGCUGGAUCAUUGCUACGAUUGUGUAUAGACUUCACUUCCAUCCUCUCUCCAAAUAUCCAGGCCCUUUCUGGGCACGCAUCUCAGCAUUUCCGGCGUACUACCGUACUAAGAAGCAGAAUCGCCAUAUAUGGUUCUGGCAACUACAGCAGAAGUACGGCUCAACAUUCCGCAUUACUCCCAAUACUGUCCUGAUCAACACUCCCACCGGCCUCAAGGCCAUCUUCAACAACAAAGCCAAUGUGAAAAAGGCCGAAUAUUACAAGGCAUAUCCUCGCAAUGUUCAUGCCAUGACAACAUGGAACACGAUUGAUAAGACUAUUCAUGCUCGGAAGAGGCGCGUCAUGAACAACGCCUUUUCUGAUAAGGCAAUGCGUUCUUGCGAGCCGUUUAUCCAAGAGAACAUUGAUCGAUGGUUCGAAUUGAUCAACGAAGAGAUUGAUCAUCUCGUUUUUGACAUCCUUGGUGAUCUAUGUUUUGGUAAAUCGUUUGGCAUGAAGGAGCACGAUAGCGAUCUGCGACAUAUCCCACGCCUCAUGACCGACUUUAUGGCUCUUCUUCACCCCAUCGCUUAUUCCCCCUUUACUGCUCUAUGGGUAUGGCUCAAGCCUCGUGGUCUCGACCAACUCCUCGCUGUCGCCGCACCCCCUGCCCUGAGUAGAUGGCAAAACUUUGUCGAGAAAUGCUUCGCCGAGAGAGUAAAAGUCGAAGACGACGCUCGAAAAUUGAACAAGCCCGAAGCUGACAGCCGAAAAGACUUCUUCCAUUAUCUCCUUCAGGCCGUGGACCCCGUAACUGGAAAGGGAUACACCAAAGAUGAGCUUUUUGGUGAGAGUGAGUCUCUCAUUAUUGCUGGCUCUGACACGACUGCUACUAGCACAGCUGCUGCUUUCUUCUACCUUUCGCGCAGCCCUCAGGUCCAGGAGAAGCUCGUAAAGGAGAUUACUUCUGCGUUCUCUAGUGCUGAUGACAUCAAGAGCGGCACGACUCUUUAUUCUUGUCAGUAUCUUCGAGCCUUUAUCGACGAAACAUUGCGUAUGAGUCCUCCCGUUCCAGCCGAUCUUGCUCGAGAGGUCGAGAAGGGCGGAAUCGUUGUCGAUGGGCAGUAUAUCCCUGAGGGUAUCAAUGUCAGCUGUGCAUCUUACUGCCUUCACCAUAACCCUGAGUUCUACCCUGAGCCGUUUAAAUUUUAUCCAGAGCGUUGGAUAGUUGAUGAGAAGAAUGAGUCUGGUGUUUCGGCUGAGAGCGUUGCUCUGGCUCAGAGCGCUUUCAUGCCUUUCUCUACUGGACCUCGGGGAUGUAUUGGAAAGAACCUGGCCUAUCUUGAGAUGAGUUUGGUUUUGGCGAGGAUUGUUUACAACUAUGAGAUCAGGCCUGAUAUCACUAGUAAUCUUGGUGGCGGUAGCCUUAAUGCUGUCGAGGGCCGUCGCACUUGUGAUCAGUACCAACUACAUGAUAUAUUCGUCGGUAUUAGGGAUGGACCUAUGGUGCAGCUUGCAAAACGGACUCGUUCGGCGUAG